AUGGGGGACCAUGAUAUUCCGACAUUUAAGUGCGUACUUGUAGGAGACGGUGGUACAGGAAAAACUACUUUUGUCAAAAGACAUUUGACUGGUGAAUUUGAAAAAAAAUAUGUGGCUACUCUUGGAGUAGAAGUCCAUCCUUUAGUAUUCCAUACUAAUAGAGGUGCUAUUAGAUUCAAUGUUUGGGAUACUGCAGGUCAAGAGAAAUUUGGUGGACUUAGAGAUGGAUACUAUAUCCAGGGUCAGUGUGCUAUUAUUAUGUUUGAUGUAACAUCGAGAAUCACUUAUAAAAAUGUCCCUAAUUGGCACAGGGAUUUGGUGAGAGUGUGCGAAAAUAUACCUAUGGUUUUGUGUGGAAACAAAGUUGACAUUAAAGAUAGAAAAGUGAAAGCAAGAAGUAUAAUUUUCCACAGAAAAAAGAAUUUACAAUACUAUGACAUCAGUGCUAAAAGUAAUUACAAUUUUGAAAAACCAUUCCUUUGGCUUGCUAGAAAACUCAUAGGUGAUGCUAAUUUGGAAUUUGCCGCCAUGCCUGCUCUGCUACCACCGGAAGUAACUAUGGAUCCACAAUGGCAGCAACAAAUCGAAAAGGAUCUUAAGGUCGUGUCAUAUGUGUUGAUUAUAUUUAUUCAUUUGCAUGAUUUUAAUCAAAGUACUUAUAAACAAUUAGACAAACAAACAAAAACAAUCAAACAAACAAACAUGAACAAAAACAAAUGUGAAAAUUUUAUUUUAUGUUUUGUGUUUUUUUUUUAUUUUAUCAUAACAACUUAUGGAAAAUUAAGUGAUUAUUUAACGAUAUGCAACGUAACGGAUCCGGAUUUGGAAAAAUGCGUUAUAAAUUCAACGAAAAAUUUAAUAAAAAAAUUAAAAACCGGUUUACCAGAAUACGACAUACCACCUAUCGAACCUAUGAGAGUACCAAUUGUAGAUUUUCAAAAAUCAGGUAUGGGAUUAACGUUGAUAAUAAAAAAUACGUCAGAGGAUUUAGGAACGAACGAAUUAAAAUUUAAUAAAGUCAAUGUUAAUCCGAAAGAAUACGAUUUUGAAUUUGAAACAAUUUUGGGAAAACAUUCAAUGACGGGUACCUAUGCAGUAGAUGGAAGGUUCAUGAUGUUUCCAAUCAUGGGUCAAGGAAAAACAACAAUAAUUCUACUAUUAAACGUCCAAUGGAAAGAUUUGUAUAAAUUUAUAAAACCAAAUUUGGAUAAGGCACACGUUGAUGUUUUGAUGCCAUUUACGAAAAAAUUUUUUUCAAAUGUACCCUACGACGAAAUGUUUACAAAUAUUUAA